CUUCAGCAUCGCUAUCCAGGACAACCAACAUCCUGCCCGAUAGAUGCUGGGAUAUCAAACGCAUUGAUUUUGCCAUCCGACCAUUCAUCAUGGGUGGAGUUGCAUCCAUUCCAACAGAUCCGUCCCGGAAAGUCCAGGUCAUCUCAGCCGGCUAUUCACGGACUGGUACCGUGUCGAUGUCCAUGGCCCUGGACAAGCUUCUGGAUGGCCCAAUCCUGCACGGUGGCACGCAGAUUCUGGUGCGGGAUGAUGACUACUGCAGCACCUGGAUCAAGGCUUAUGAAGCCCGGAACCGUGGCGACACUGAAACAACCCUGAAGUUGGUUCGCAAGGCUACAGCUGGAUUCGUAGCCACUGCGGAUUUACCACCGUCCGAUUUCAUGCCGGAAAUGAUGCAGGUGUAUCCGGAUGCCAAGGUCAUCUUGGUCAAGCGAGACCCCGUGAAGUGGUGGAAUUCCAUUUCUGCCUUGACGAGCCGGGCGACCCCGUCGUGGCUCGGAAUUGCACUCGCUCCCAUACCUGGUUGGAGAUACCUCGCGAAAUUCGCAAACCAUUACAGUCAAUCCACACUGCAGCUGGCGGGGGUGCCAGAUUACCAGUCCGCAAGCCCUGUGGAGCUGAUCAAGAAAGGUGGUCCGCAUAUUCUCCAAGCUCAUGAAGAUAAGGUGCGGUCACUUGUUCCCAAAGAACAACUGCUCGAGAUGGAUUUGAGCGAUGGAUGGGAGCCCUUGUGCAAAUUCCUAGGCGUGCCAGUGCCCAACGAGCCAUUCCCAAGGGCAAAUGAUGGGGCUGCGGCAGAUAAGUAUGCCACAAAAGUCUUGUUGAAAGCCCUUGGGGUCUGGCUUUCGAUAUUCUCUGUGGUUGGCUAUGCGUUCUUGUCUCUGUAUUGGCUAUGGAAGAGGAAAACAGGCCCUCAGUUGCUUCCCGAUGAAGACGCCACGAAAUAAUUACCUGUUGCGAAUCUAUAGCGAAUUACACCGCUGAAUAAUAUGUUUCUACACCCGUGGUAUUAAUAAUAACUCUAAUUAAUGAUAGAUUAACACUUGAACGUGACAUCGACGGUAAUAAUGAGAUGCGAGGCCGAUGCUCAUGAAUGAAAUAUAGUAUCCUGAGCGAG